AUGUUUUCAUUGAGCACAUUAACCAUUACCCAUUGUCGUUUACUUUUCCACACACCCAAGUUCGUCUUUCUUUUCACUUUCUUGCGUUUUUUUAAAUUCGCACUUUUCUCUUCUUUUUCAGGCUAUACAAUUCUUGCCCAGUCUCUCUUUUCUCCUCUUUUUUGCAGUUCUUGCCUAGUCUCCCUUUUCUCCGUUUUUCAUUUCUUGUCUCGUCUCUCUUUCCCCCUUUCUUUUUCAGUUCUUGCCUCGUCUCUGUUUUCUUUCCUCCUUUCUUUUUCAUUCUUGACUAGUCUUUCUUUUUCUCUUUUCUUUUUCAGUUCUUGCCUCGUCUCUUUUUUUUUCUUUUCUUUUCAGUUCUUGACUAGUGUCUCUUUUCUUUCUUCCUUUCUUUUUCAGUUCUUGCCUAGUCUCUCUUUUUCUCUUUUCUUUUUCAUUCUUGCCUCGUCUCUCUUUCCUCCUUUCUUUUUCAGUUCUUGCCUCGUCUCUCUUUUCUCUUUUCUUUUUCAGUUCUUGACUAGUCUCUCUUUUCUUUCUUCCUUUCUUUUUCAGUUCUUGCCUAUCUUUCUUUCCUCCUUUCUUUUUCAGUUCUUGACUAGUCUUUCUUUUCUCUUUUCUUUUUCAGUUCUUGCCUCGUCUCUUUUUUCUCUUUUCUUUUUCAUCUCUCUUUUCUCUUUUCUUUUUCAGUUCUUGACUAGUCUCUCUUUCCUCCUUUCUUUUUCAGUUCUUGCCUCGUCUCUCUUUCCUCCUUUCUUUUUCAGUUCUUGCCUCGUCUCUCUUUUCUCUUUUCUUUUUCAGUUCUUGACUAGUCUCUCUUUUCUUUCUUCCUUUCUUUUUCAGUUCUUGCCUAUCUCUCUUUUCCUCCUUUCUUUUUCAGUUCUUGCCUCGUCUCUCUUUCCUCCUUUCUUUUUCAUGUCUCUUUUCUUUCUUCCUUUCUUUUUCAGUCUCUCUUUUCUCUUUUCUUUUCUUCUCCCUAGUCUCUCUUUUCUUUUCUUUUUUCAGUUCUUGACUAGUCUCUCUUUCCUCUUUUCUUUUUCAUUCUUGACUAGUCUCUCUUUUUUUCUUUCUUCCUUUCUUUUCAGUUCUUGCCUAGUCUCUCUUUUCUCUUUUCUUUUUCAGUUCUUGACUAUCUUUCUUUCCUCUUUCUUUUUCAGUUCUUGCCUCGUCUCUCUUUUCUCUUUUCUUUUUCAGUUCUUGACUAGUCUCUCUUUUCUUUCUUCCUUUCUUUUUUUUUCCUUUUCUUGCCUAGUCUCUCUUUUCUCUUUUCUUCUUCAGUUCUUGACUAGUCUUUCUUUCCUCCUUUCUUUUUCAUUCUUGCCUCGUCUCUUUUUUCUCUUUUCUUUUUCAUUCUUGCCUAGUCUCUCUUUUCUCUUUUCUUUUUCAGUUCUUGACUAUUCUUGCCUCGUCUCUCUUUUCUCUUUUCUUUUUCUGUUCUUGACUAGUCUCUCUUUUCUUUCUUCCUUUCUUUUUCAGUUCUUGCCUAGUCUCUUUUUUUUCUCUUUUCUUUUUCUGUUCUUGACUAGUCUCUCUUUCCUCCUUUCUUUUUCAUUCUUGACUAGUGUCUCUUUUCUUUCUUCCUUUCUUUUUCAGUUCUUGCCUAUCUCUCUUUCCUCCUUUCUUUUUCAUUUCUUGACUAGUCUUUUCUUUUCUCUUUUCUUUUUCAGUUCUUGCCUCGUCUCUUUUUUUCUUUUCUUUUUUCAGUUCUUGACUAGUGUCUCUUUUUUUUUUCCUUUCUUCUUUUCCUAUUCUUGCCUCGUCUCUAUUUUGACUAGUCUCCUUUCCUCCUUUCUUUUUCAGUUCUUGCCUCGUCUCUCUUUUCUUUUUUUUUCAGUUCUUGCCUCUCUCUCUUUUUCUUUUCUUUUUCUUCCUUUCUUUUUCUUUUUUCAGUUCUUUUUCAGCCUAGUCUCUCUUUUCUCUUUUCUUUUUCAUCUCUCUUUCCUCCUUUCUUUUUCAGUUCUUGCCUCGUCUCUUUUUUCUUUCCUCCUUUCUUUUUCAGUUCUUGCCAUGUCUAUCUUUCCCUUCUUCCUUUUUCAGUUCUUGCCUAGUCUCUCUUUUCUCCUUUUUUUCUUCGAUUCCUGCCCUAUCUUUCUCCUUUCUCUUUCCUCCUUUCUUUUUCAAUUCUCGCCUUUCUCUCUUUUCUCCUUAAUUUUUCAUUUCUUGUCUCUCUUUUCUCCUUUCUUUUUCAGUCCUUGCCAUUCUCUUUUCUUCUUUCUUUUUCAUUUCUUGCCAUUCUCUCUUACCCCCUUUCUUUUUCAGUUCUUGCCUAGUCUCUCUUUUCUCCUUUUUUUUUCUUCAGUUCUUGCACUGUCUUUCUUUUCCCCGUUCUUUUUCAGUUCUUACCUGUCUGUAUUUUUUCCUUUCUGUUUCUGUUCUUGCAAUGUCUCUCUUUUCAGCUAUCUUUUUCAUUUCUUGCCCUUUCUUAACUUGUCUCUCUUUUCUCCUUCUUUUUCUGUUCUUGCCUUUCUCUCUUUCUUCCUUUCUUUUUCAAUUCUCUCUUUUCUCGUUCAUCUUCAUUUCAUGCCUCUCUUUUUCCUUUUUCAGUUCUUAACUUGUCUCUAUUCUUUCCUAGUCUCCUUUUUUCUCCUUUCUUUUCAGUUCUUAUCUUUUUUUUUCUCUUUUCCCCAUUCUUUUUCGUUUCUUGCCUACUCUCUCUUAACCUUUUUUUUUGAUUCACUCCUUACCUUGUCUCUUUUUUCUCUUUUUUUCUUUUUUCUUCCUUUCCCUCGAAAUAUAUCUGUUUCUAUUUUUUUUUUUUUACUUCUCUUUCCCAUGCAAACUUAUGUUUUCUUUUAUCUAUUUUUCUUUUCUUUAAUUUUUCCAAUAUAUUUUUCCUAUUUUUUUUCUUUUCCUACAUUCUUCUCUCAUUUUUCUUCUCCUGUCGUUUUUCUUGCUACCUCUUUUUAUUUUUAUUUUUUUUCCACUUUUCUUCUUCAUUUUAUAAUUACAUCAUUAUUUUUCAUUUUUUUCUCUUUUUUUUAUUUCUGCUUUUAUUUAUUCUUCUUUGUUUGUCUCCUCCUUUCUUUCUUCCAUCAUUCUACCCGAAAUACUUCUUUCUUCUUAGGUAUUCCUGUCAAGUGCCUGAUGGCAUUCACAAAUAGAGCCACCCGUUACAAACCCCACUCACCAACCUCCCGUUUCGUCCUUAUCUCUUACCCAUGUCCUCGCGUUAUAAAGAGGAGAGACGGGCCCGAAAGAGCGACGGACAGCUUUCUGCUCGUUAACCAUAACACAUUACUUGUCUUCCUUCCCUUCCCCUCCCUCUUCUUUCGCUUCCUUCUACCCGAAAUACUUCUUUCUUCUCAGGUAUUUCUUUCUUUAACUUUUCUUUCAUUAUACCUUUUUCCUUCUCUUGACUUUCGUUCCUUUCUCUUUCUUGAUUUUUAA